AUGACGGAAAUAACGAAUAAUUCUCCCAACAUGACCAUGCUUAUGGUACCGCAGUUCCAGCCCAACAUGGAAACGUUUGGUGAAAAUCUAAAUGCGUUCACGCUAAACCAGUUCAUAGUCGGAGCGAAAUUAAAAAUUUAUGAAAGGCUGUGUGAGGAGGACGAGAAAAUCUCGUGUGAAGAUGCGUUGAGAAAAGCAAUGAUACUUGAAAGUAAAAUUGCAGCUAAGCCUGAAAGCAACAACGACUACAACGUAAAUUUUGUGAAAGGCAGAAAAACUCGCAACAAUGUAGGCAGCGACAGCAACAACAACUACAACAAGAAUCAAAACUCGCGAAAUGCCUGCGGUCAUUGUGGAUGGCGGAACCACAAAUCGGGUAAAUGUAGAUUCGAGAAGAUCAAGUGCCACACAUGUGGUAAAAUUGGACAUCUAGCGUCGAUUUGUCGCAUGAAAGUACAAUUGAAUUAUGUAUCAAAUGCUUUAGAUGCUAACGCUUCACACAACUAUGCGAAAGAAAAUAAUGACGUUUCUGAUUACUCUAUUUUUAGUAUAACUGAUAAAAGGCCGAACAUUGUUUAUUCUCUUCCUGUUGCUAUUGACGGCGUUGAGAUUAGGGCAGCCUGCGACACUGGUGCCCCCUGUACGCUGGUAUCAGAGACCUUCCAAUGUUCAACUAAUUUAUUAACAGAGGUAGAUAGUAUUGAAGUAGAAGAAAGUAUUGAAGUUGCCGACAAUGCUAGCAUCACUACUGCAGUAGCCAGCACGGUGAUGGAGGAAAGUAAAGAAAAUUCGCCCUUCCACUCUCCGAAUGUACUUGGAGAAGCUUCAACGUCUUCUUUAAAUCUGCAAAACACUAGCAACGUGUACGAAGAGGUGGAAGAAUUGCAAAAGGAAAUCAAAGCGUUGAAGAAAGAAAAUUUGUUGCUGCGCAAACUUGAAAAGAAGCAUUCCGCAAAGUGUACCGCCACGAAGAUCUCAUUUAAACAGAAGGAAAAUAAGUAUAUAUAUAAAAUACAAGUUUUAAAAAGGAGGUUAGAAAAAACUGCUCAAGAAUGUGCAAACAUGGAGGAAAAACUAAAUGGUAUAUUCACCAGCGGGCAAAUAAACAAAAUGAAAAAUGCGGACAAAAGGCAGUACUGGGAUGAGAAUGAUAUUGCCCAAUCAAUCACACUUCGUGCAGCAAGUGCUAAAGCCUACAAACUUUUGUACCGAAAAGGUUUCCCUCUGCCUUCAAUACGUACCCUGCAAAAAUGGGCGCAAAAAAUAGAUGUUUCCAGAGGUUUGAUUGAGCCUGUUUUCAAACUAUUGGCAGCAUCUACACAAAUGGAUGAAACCCAAAAAUUGUGCGUGCUUAGCUUUGACGAGUCGAAAAUCAAAAAGUCAUAUUGCUAUGACAAGUCAUCCGACACAAUAUUAGGUCCUGCCAGUUACGUCCAGGUUGCAAUGCUUAGAGGUCUGUGUGCACUUGUAAUAAAAGAUAAAUAUUUUCAAAAAUUUCAUCUCUUCAAGUUUGAUAUCUCGUUGGAAGCAGCCCAUUUUUUACGAUUUUGA